UCCCCUUCUUACUUUUACUAUGCUAUGGUUUCAUUAUAUAUUUACUUACUGUACAUACAAUUAUAAUACUGUCAAUUGUAGUUUAUCAAUUAUCAGAUUGUCUAGAAUUCUAGACUGUACAUUUACUGGGAAGAAUAAUAUGUUUUAAUUUUUUAAAUAAAAUAUCAAUUACCUACUCACUUGCACUGCAAUGGCUGCAGUUGCUCAUUGGUGUUACUUUCAAAUACUAUCUACACUAUAAAAAAACAAGUAUUUGAAAUAUUAAUGUGAAAUAUUUCAUUUGAAUCAUAUUGCUUACAGGUAACUGAAUAUUCUGUAUUGCAAAAUCACUAUAACCAUCCAAAGCUGAUUUUUAGUAAUUAUGGAAGAACGAAGAGUAGUUGACUAUUUUGUAGUGGUUGGUGCUUCUGAUGAACAGUCUCAAGAUGAUAUAAAUUCAACUCAUUUAAAGCAAAGUCUAUGUUCAGAUCUUCCACCAAUUACUGAUUUAGCAAUUGUUUUUCCUACACUUGGUGAAAAAGUGCCUUCUGGUUAUACUUUAAUUGGGACAACACCUGGAGGUCUCGUAGCAGAUCUCAAUCAUGGUAGCUUGAGAAGUCCAGAAGUGUUUUUAUGUUAUCGACGUGGACGUGAUAAACCUCCAAUUGUUGAUAUUGGGAUAAUGUAUGAUGGAAAAGAAAGAGUAUUAAAAGAUGCUCAUGUAUUAAAAACCACUGUUAGUGGUCAAGUAGCUAAUAUCAAUAACUCUACAUCAUCUCGAACUUUCAUUACCUAUAGAAGAGCAUUAUCUACUGCACCGUGUAAUAUACUAGCAGUAUCUCAUGUAUGUGUGGUUAUAACUAGUCGUGGUGAAACACCACCACAUGCUUUUUGUUUAAUUCACAAGAACCUAAAUAAAGGUAUGGUUGGAUCAGAUGUUUACUUGUGCUAUAAGAAAUCCGUAAUGAAACCGAAGUGUAUCACUUAUAAACCAGUUAUCACAGAUCAAUAUCCAAAAAAAGAUAGAAGUUAUUUCCAUCUUCUACCUUCUGUAGCAUUAUUUUGUUUACCAAUGGGAGCAACACUUGAAGCAUGGCCAAAUCAAGCUAGUCAGCCAGAUCCUGUAUUUUCAACAUUUGUUUUAACUGUUAGUGAUGCUUCCGAAAAAGUAUAUGGAGCAGCAAUUACUUUCUAUGAAAAAUAUAAUGGGGAUCUUUCAAAUGAACAACGAAAAUUAUUGGAUAUAAGUGAAGAUCUGAAUAGUUCAAAAAAUGAAAUAAGUUUACAUACAAAUAAAAGCAUAUGUGUUCUGUCACACUGGCCAUUUUUUGAUACUUUUGAAAAAUUUCUUAUGUUCUUAUUGCACACUUCACUUAGUGAGAAAAUCCCCAUACCGAUUGAAAGGUAUAUUACACAUUUGGUAGAUGAAGUACCAUUCCCAUCUCCAGAAAGACCACAAAUUCUUGUGCAAUUAUCCAUGGAUACGCAACUUAUCUUGACUCAACCAGAAGAUUUACCAAUUCCUAGAAGUGGAGCUGGAUUUCAUCAAAUGAUAAUGAAUUUGCAUCCAGACAAUUGUCUUCUUUUACUACUAUGCGCUUUAACAGAACAGAAACUACUUAUUCAUUCAUUAAGGCCUGAUGUACUAACAGCAGUAGCAGAAGCUGUUUCUACUCUUAUAUUUCCAUUUAAAUGGCAAUGCCCAUAUAUUCCAUUGUGUCCUUUAAGUUUAGCUGAAGUUUUACAUGCUCCAUUACCAUUUCUGAUUGGAGUUGAUUCAAGAUUUUUUGAUUUGUAUGAGCCGCCCACUGAUGUAACAUGUGUAGAUUUGGAUACGAAUACCAUUACUCUAUGUGAAGAAAAAAAGUAUUUAACAACAAAACUUCUUCCAAAAAAGUCUGCAAGAAUAUUAAAAAAUACAUUAGAAAAGCUUUACGAAAAGCUAAAUGAUCUCCAAACUAAUUUUCAAAGUUCAAAUAAUAAAACUUUUCAAGAAACGAAUAUUGAUAGAAAUUUUUUAUUAAAAAGAAAAGAACACGAAUUAGAAUUGGAAAUUCAAGAGGCCUUCCUUCGAUUUACAGCAUCAAUAUUAAAAGGUUAUCGUUGGUUUUUGAGACCAAUUACAAAAGCACCAACAGUGGGUACUACAGAUACAAUUUCAUUGUUUGAUCUACAAGGAUUUUUGAAAUCUAUAGAAAAAUCAAAUCAAAAGUUUUAUUCUCUUUUAACAAAAACUCAAAUGUUUAUACGUUUUAUUGAAGAACGAUCCUUUGUCUCAAAUAUGGAUGCAGCUUUAGAGUUCUUUGAUGAAUGUUCUGAAAAAAUAGAUACAGAAAAUAAUGAAACACGGCUAAUAGAAUUAGAUUUUUGUGGUGAAAGUGAAAGGACUGUCUUCAUAAUGCCUCCAGAAAUGAAUGACUUACCAUGUUUUGCUCCAUACUUUUAUAAAGAUGGUUUUGUCCUAAACCCGGAGUUGUUAAUGUCUAAAGAGUCAAAAAAUAAUUUAAAAAUAAAAAACGAAGAUCACCUACCUAUUCCUGGCAGUCCUAUGGCGAGGCGCACAAAGCACGAAGUUAAGUCAGCUCAAAAGCUUGCUCGAAAAUACUCAACGUCUCCUGGUCUUUGGGCAAAAUUUUUACUCGGAACCUGUUAUAGCUUGUGGUUUAUCCAUUUACCAAGUCAUAUUCUUCAUUCUGAAGACCGUGCUGCCUCUGUUUUACGCUCUGCAUAUGAGCUGUUAAAUAAAUUUCAAAAAAAUGGUGUUCAACGAUUAACUGAUGAAGUUUGCUACAGGGUUAUGAUGCAGUUGUGUGGGAUUUAUAGUCAACCAAUGUUAGCUGUAAAAUUAUUACUUGUUAUGAAGCGAUGUGGUCUCCAUCCAAAUGCAAUUACCUAUGGUUUUUAUAACAGAGCAUUGUUAGAAUCUACAUGGCCCUCUGAUUUGAGGACACCAAGCCAGUUACAUUGGAAUAAACUUAGGAAUGUAGUAAUAUGUACUGCUCUCUUCAAAAAAGCUGGUGCUCAAAAUAGGAAAAGACGAAAUUCUACGGAAGAAGAUAAAAUAUCACAUACAUCAUUAGAAAGUUUGUCAACUGCAGAAAAACAAUCUUCUAUUUCAAAUACACCCAGGAAGUUAUCAAUAAAUGUUGAAUCAAACUUUGGAUUAAGAGGUCGCCCUACCAGUAUUGUUAAACAAGUUUCUCUAUCUACUGAAGAUGAUCAGUCAUGGAGUUCACAACAAUUUGAAAGUAGUGCUGGUCUUUUGAUGACAACUACAUGUUCAAGACCAAAUUCAGCUUGUUCAAAACCAUACAGCGAUACCAUUUCUGUCGAGAGUGAAACUGAUUUAAAAAGAGGCCGUAGUGGGUCUCUAACAGAUGAGAUUAAACUUCAAAUGUCACCUAGAAGGCAUCACCAUUAUCAUCAUCCACUACAUAAUUCAUCUAAUGGCACAUCAUCUGAACUACUUAAAUUAUUAAAACGUUCAAAAAGCUUUGGUAAUGAUGCUCAGAUUUUAAAAAAUCUUAAUGACCUAAAAUAUCAAACUGACUAUAAAAAGUCAAAUGGAAUAUCAAAAAAACUGGUAUUUGAUAAUUUGAAGGUCUAUGAUUUUUCUUUAGAAAAUCUCAGUGAAGAAAGCACUUCUAGUAGAUUUCCUGAAUCUGCGCAACGUACUCCAGUAUUAGAAAAUGACCCCUUAGGUGCCCUUCAAGAACCUUUAAAACCAUCACCUUCCCUAACCAUUCCUAAUACCACUAUGCCACGGGUACGAUCAGGUAUUGAACUUGACCGUAGUGGUUCUCCUGUAUUAUUUCGUGAAUGGGGAAACAUGCAUCGUAGUGCCACUUACAGUGAUGAAGUGGGAAAUAUUGAUAAGCACAUCCAAAGAUCAUCUACUAUGCCAGCUCAUAGCACCCAAGAGUUAGAUUCACAAAGUCCAAUAAAAACUGCUUUAGGAUCUGCAUUUAAAAUACCUUUUUCUUCUUCAAGCUUUACUGGGAAAAAAUCCAAUGAACUCCUCAUGGGAGGUUUAACUAGCUUAAAGAGUGCUGCCAAUACAGUAGUAAAAAAGUUUGAUGAAAUUAAAGAAGCCAUUUCCACAAAUAACACACCUGUAAAAGAUUAUAUUCAGUGUUCAAAAGAUGAAGAUAACUGGAUUGGAGAUGACAUUGAACAACAACAAUCCACUGAACCAAGUGUUCGGCGAAAAAUAUCUAGUGAAAUAUCAUCAUUAGCUGUUGCUCAGCAUUUGGACUCGUGGAGUACAAAUUUAAUUGAGUUAUUUACAGAUGGUCAUAGAAAGAGUAGUUCUAUCAAUAUGAAUUCUGGAAGUGCUACAUUGGAUUCAUCACAACUUAGCUUAUUUCAAGAAAAACUCUACAGUCGAUCUAGUCGUACUCCUGAAUUAGUGGCUAUUGAAAUUAUUAUGACUACUUGCUCGAAAUGUCAUAAUUGUGGCUGUUUACUAUUUGAUGAAGAAAUUAUGUCUGGUUGGGUACCGGAUGAUUCAAAUUUAAACACAAAAUGUAGGCUGUGUAACAAAGAAGUAGUACCAUUUUUAACUGUAGAUGUUAUUGAUUAUCGAUCAAAAAAUGAUGUUCUUGAUGAAAAUGAUUGUCACAGUAAUCAAAUAAAUUUGGACUUGCUAACAAAAAAUACUAAAGAAAAAGAAAUAUCAAAUAAUAAUUACAGAGCAGACACAAUUACAGUUCCUUACUUAAACCCUCUUGUGUUGCGUAAAGAACUUGAAUCUAUUCUAGCAGCAGAGGGAGAUAUUUCAUUAACACAUUUUAAAUUUGUCGAUGAACACCCUAUAAUAUAUUGGAAUUUGGUAUGGGUGUUUGAAAGAAUUGAUGUACAGUCACACAUUCCAGGAUUAUGCCUAAAUGCUAGUUGUGUUCUUGGUGAUCGUGACAUUAAGUCAUUUCAUUCCAUUUGGACAAUGUGCGAUUCUUCAAAUGUAUUAAUAACAAGUCUUUGGGAUAAUCCAAAGCUAUAUGAUGAUAUUGGUCUUCCAAUGUACUCCUUCUGGUCUGAUGAGGAAUCAAAAGAAAGUUGUUUAAUUAGUGCUUUAGUCACUGAUCGAAAUACUAUACCAAAAAAUUUAAUGUCAAAAGUAAUUGCCAGCAUUCGUCGCAACAAUUUAUCAGAUCCAUUAAAGAAAUUAGCUGUUGAAAGAAAUAAAUUACGAGGAAACGACUUGUCUCACAGUCACUCAUUAUACAGGGAUAUUUUAUUCUUAACAAUUACUGCUAUUGGCCGUGAAAACAUUGAUAUAAGUGCCUUUGACCAAGAAUAUUUAAUAGCUUUUGAAAAUUUGUCAGAAAACGAAUCUAAACUUUUAUUAAAAUGUGAUCACCCCAUUUCAAUCGGAAGUCAAUACUGUCGUCAUCUUUUUAAAGAACUCGAGCUUUCAAAUUACAAGUGAUAAUUUAACUACUUUAUGUAAAUCAUCUUUUAAUGUGUGAUAUAUACAAAUGUAAAUGUUCAUCUGCUCACAUUAAUAUGUUUAAAUAAUAUCAAUACUUAACAAUGCAGCUUUAGCAUAGCAAAAAUCCAAUUUCAAAUAGUCAGUUAUUUAUUGACUUAACUAUUCAAACCAUUAUUAGUUUAAAAUAUUUU